AUGAAAGAAAUAUCAGAAAUAUGUGAAAACGUAAUUACUCAGAACUUUCAUCAUCAAGUCUCCUCUACUCUUGUCAGACAUAAAUAUAAAAAUUUCACUGACCUCUUCAAUGAGAAUGACGAGAAACAACCAACGGAUAAAAAAUCAACUCAUAAAGUCACCAAGUCCUCGCUUUUAGCCAAUGACAUGAAAAGUUGCAAUCUCGCGUGGUUAUGCUGUCAAUUCUGA